AAGCUUAGUACUCAGCACCUAGUCAGUGACCAGUAAAAAAUGGCGGAACUAAUACGGCGACCUGAACCUAUGCAGUCGUCUCCCCGGUCUAGUCCGAGAGAUAGAGGCUCCAGAUCACCGGCUUACCCAAGACAGGAUUCAUCAGGAACACUCAAAACAACCAUAAGCCUAGUUCCUGGCAAAACACCUUCUGUCAUUCAUACCGGCUCCUUUUAUCUUGUGAAAGAUAUUCCAGAUGAAGCUGAGAUCACAGGCAGCACAAACCUUCUUAAUUAUUACAACCUGGAACACUCAUACAACAGAUUUCUCAAUAAAAAAGUUAAAGAAGAAUUGAGUGCUUUUUUGCCACACUUACCUGGAAAUAUAGAUUCUCCUGGUCUACAAGACAACAGUUCACUUCGAUCACUCAUUGACAAAGCACCAAUUAUUGGAAAAGAACUUUCUCAGUUGUCAGGAUCUGCCCUCUCUGGAUUUAGGCUUCACCCUGGACCUCUUCCAGAACAGUAUCAAAUAAUGAAUCUUAUGACACAAAAGAAAAAGAAACAUAAAAAGAAGGUUAAAGAUUCAGAGAAAGGGAGUGCACUACAGUUGGCCCAGAUCUUAAAUUUCUCCACAGCAGAUAGUGGAACAGGAGAGCCUGAAGCUAAGAAAACAAAAAGGCCCAAAAAGGAGGAUGAUCAAAAGGACUCCAAGAAAAAGAGGAAGAAAGACAAGAAGAAGAAAAAGAAACACAGCCCUGAGCCAACAGCAACUAAUGGACCAGACAAUGCAGCAUAACAUAGCCCUUGUUUAUUGCAGUCUGGUAAUGGUGUAUCAGUAUGGCAUACAGAUUCAGCAUGAAGUUGUUUUAAAAAGUAUAGCAUAAUUAUGCCAUGAUGAAAAAACGAAUACUGUGUUCUGACAUUCUGAAAAUGAAGUUUUCUGGCAUCAGCACAGCCAAACUGUUUACAUAUAAACACAAUACUUAGGGCCAACUAAAGGAGAUUGGCCUUUCUCAAGUUGUUCUUGACAGGAAAAUGGAGUUAAGAAACAGUAGUUGAUGUCAUCC